AAAAGGAAAAUAGCAAAGUUUACAUAAUUUAUGGGGAAGGAGCUAUGUAGCACCGAUACGGGUACACGAAAACGCGGAAACACAGAAACGGGUACGAGGAUACUACAAAAACAAAAAAAAGUAGGAUACGGAUAGAGGGGUAUAUUUACAAAUAAUAAAAAUUAUGAGGUUGUAUUUAUAAAUAUUAAAAUUAUGAGGGUCUAUUUAUAAAUAUUAAGAAUUUUCAAAUUUUUUGAAAAUAUAUUAAUAUAUUAUCCUUUGACCGCUGUCCUGGCAUUCAAACAUUUCACAUUAUAAAAUGAUUAGAAGUAAAUUCAUAUUUUAUCUCAUAUACACUAGUGUUUCUCGAAAUAUAAACAUAAUCAAUAGUCAUAAAUUUAAAAUGAGAUACAAGUCAAACAAUGACAGUUUUGGAUUUAAAAGUGUAAGUAUUCAAAAUUCAUGGAUAAAGGAGAGAGAAAACAAUAUUCUAAUAUAAAAACUAAAAGUUCUAAUACAAAAUUUGCACCGAAGCAUCUUGGAUAAUGUAAAAUUUAUUUUUAGUUUUUCAUUUUUUGAGAAUUUUAUUAUGUAAAUUUUGAGUGUUUUUUUAAAAAAGUUGAUGCCUGUAUCCGUCAAAAUACGGGUAUUGAAAAUUUUAAAAUAAUUACAAAUCUACCUAGUACGUACCACCAUUUGAUUCCAAUCACAGACGAACCUCUUCACCGGAUGGGGCUGAAAAGCUGAAAGCCAAGGAGAGAAGGCAUAACGGAAAAAUGAUGAUACACUACUGUGUGCAAGGACCCGUUUGGAAGAACUCAACUACUAUGGCUUUCUCCCGCCGUUUCCAAACGGGUCCCUGGAAGAGCAGAGAAGCCAAUAAGCUCAAUUGCAAUGGGGAAGGCUUAAUGAGGAAGAAGGGAUGGAGAAAUGUCGUGGUGUGUCAAGGGUUCCUGUUACCGGUGGAUCCAUGGGCGCCCACUAUUGAUUCUCAGAGCAUAGCUUCUCAGCUCUUCGCUGUCUCCCUCUUCCCUUACCUCGGUUUUUUGUAUUUCAUCACCAAGUCCAAUACUGCCCCCAAGCUCACCCUCUUUGGCUUCUACUUUUUGCUUGCUUUCGUCGGCGCCACUAUUCCGGCAGGCAUUUAUGCAAAGGUGGAAUAUGGGACGUCACUAUCCAAUGUGGACUGGUUGCACGGAGGGGCUGAGUCGCUGCUUACCCUAACAAACAUAUUUAUCGUGUUGGGUCUGAGGGAUGCUCUUAGGAAGAAUAGAGAUGUGAAAGAAAUUGAAUCCAGUGGUUUUAUGAAGUCAAAAGAAGAAGAUAAUCCAAUUAUCUAAGAUAGCUAUUAUACAUCAUGGCAAGGUAGAAAAACAUUACCUUAAAAAAGCCGCUCUGUGGUUUCCUUGAUGUAUAUUGAUCGUGUUGUAUCUUAUUGUGUACGGAGUGCAAUAUAAUGGCAUCUAUCCCUUCAAAUAUUUAUGCUAAAGUCUCAGGUACAAAAGAAAGAUAUAGUUUUCAUUGUUUUUGCAGUAUUAUAGUUUUCUAUUCCUAUUAGGUGUGAAGUUCUGGAUUCCUGUUCCUACAGAGUUUAGCUGUUUAGGUUCAUUAUUUAUCUAUAAUUCUAUAUAAUCGCUGUAAUUGUCUCUAGCAAUUGAGAUGUUGUAUGUUCACAAGUCCACAGUCCUUUGAUUAAAAAGCAGG